GCUGAAGGCAGAGGCUUAACCCACUGAACCACCCAGGCGCCCCCGCGCAGGGCAUUUGUAGAUCACGGAACCAGUAGCCACCUAUGCAUGGGACAAAGGCAGGCGGAGUGUUUAAGUGCCCCGAUAAGUGGGUUGAUGGCCAGGCACAGACACUAUGUGUGUUCCCAGGAACACUGAUGUGCCAGCAAGUGGCUGGUCCCUCCCUGCUCCCAGCUCUCUGGGGCCCCUUCUGAGUGUCCCCAGCCCAAUCCGUGCCCACCCACUUUGGGCCUUGAGGUUUCCUUCUCUGGUUUCAGCUAUGUGGGGUCAGGUCUGCAUUUCCAAAGGGCCAGGAAAGCCGCCCCCUCCCCCACCAGUCCUCCUCCAGGGCCACCAGGAGCAGUUCUAAGUCACCACUAGGCUGGAGCGAGAAUGCUACAGGGCUCUGCUCCUGAGCUAGCCUCUACCCUGCCCUAGGUUUGCCCCACCCCUGGAGUUCUUGAGCCUUUCAAGGCUUUUUGCGUAGAAUCAGUUCAGUGUUUGAGGGGAAGCAGGAAAACUCUCAAAGGCGUACAGACCUCACGAUGUUGAGAGCAGGGCACUUAAGCAAGGGCUUGACUAUUUAAUCACGUAGGGACCCGCUACAGAAACACACGAAGCCCUGUGGCAGCUGCCCAGAUCAGAAGGACUGAGUUGGGGAAAGGGGUGUGUGUGUGUGUGUGUGUGUGUGUGUGUGUGUUGGAGGGCUGGAAUCUGUGCCUGCCCGGUCCUCUUGGCAGGCUUUGAAAGGCGCAGAUUCCAGGUGGUAGAAAUGGAGCGGGGCAGGGAAGCCUAGGCAGGUGCAGGGUGGGCAGGGCUGGGUCCUGUGCUUUGUCUUCAGGUGUUUGCGGAACCCUGGGGUAGGACGCCAGCUCCAAGGGCCCAGAGCCUUGCACAGGGCACCUGCCCCUAACUGCCCAGUCUCCCAGAGAAGCAGCUGGAGCUGAGGCAGCAGUUUGGGCUCUGCGGCUCCAUUCAGCCUUCCAUGCAGCCACUGACCAUGGCUUUGCAGCUCCUGCUGCUCCAUUCGGCUUUCCUUAGGCUCAGCUCCCAGGGACCCCUGGUCCAAGGGCGUGGCUUUCGCUCGCCAACAGUUGCCUGGCCAUCCUUCUUCGACUUCAGCUGGCCCCAGGAGGUUCAGGAAACUAUCCAGAUUCCAAACAAUGGGAGUGCACCCCUGCUCGUGGAUGUGCAAGUGUUCGUGUCCAAUGUAUUUAACGUGGACAUCCUGAGGUACACAGUGUCCUCCACGCUGCUGCUUCGGCUGUCCUGGCUGGACACUCGCUUGGCCUGGAACACAAGUGUCCACCCACGGCAUGCGGUCACACUGCCCUGGGACUCACUCUGGACUCCGGGACUCACUAUUCAGGAGGCGCUCUGGGUGGACUGGCAGGACCAGAGCCCGCGGGCCCGAGUGGACCCCGACGGACAUGUCGACCUGUAUUUGGCCCUCACCACGGAGACCAACUGCGACUUUGAACUCCUCCACUUCCCCAGAGACCAGAGCGACUGCAACCUCAGCUUCUAUGCUCUCAGCAACACUGUGCUAGAGCUGGAGUUCCGGGCCCACGCAGUGAACGAGAUCGUGAGUGUCAAGAGGGAAUACGUCGUUCGGGACUUGAAGACCCAGGUCCCACCCCAGCAGCUGGUGCCCUGCUUCCAGGUGACGUUGCGCCUGCAGAACACAGCGCUGAAGGCCAUCAUAGCUCUGCUGGUCCCCGGGGAGGCGCUGCUGUUGGCGGACAUGUGCGGGGGGCUGCUGCCCCUCCGGGCCACCGAGCGCAUCGCCUACAAGGUGACCCUGCUCCUGGGCUACCUUGUCUUCCACUCCUCCCUGGUGCAGGCCCUCCCCAGCUCCUCCUCCUGCAACCCGCUGCUCAUUUACUACUUCACUGUGCUUCUGCUGCUGCUUUUCACCAGCACCAUGGAGACCGUGCUGCUGGCUGCGCUGCUGGCCUGGGGCAACCACAGGGCCCAGAGCAGCCCUGGCCCAGCCCUGAGAGGGGAGGACCCAGGGCCAAGUCCUGAAGAAGCUCCCGGAGUGAAUGGGUCGAGGAGGAGCUGGGCUGAGGCCGCAGACCGCAUCUUCUUCCUGGCCUAUGUGGUGGGCGUAGCGUGUAGCCAAUUCUCCUUCAUUGGAUUCUGGAUGUGGGCGACGUGCAAGUCUGAGCCAGCCCCUGGCGAGGUCAUACCCCACGGCGGGCAGCCCAGGCUGUAACAGGGCCGGCCUGGGGCUGCAGGGGGAGGGUCAUGACAGGGUCUCUGGAGAGAGGGGGAGGGAGGAUGACUCUCUCUCCCCUAAGCCCGGAGGAUCCCAGGCCACCCCGAGUUCUUCCUUCUGAUCGCAGGCAAGCAGAGUGUGAAAUAAACCCGUCACCCUCACGGGUCUGUCUUUGCUGGGCUCAGCGGCUUGCUCUUGUCCUGAGUCGGUGGGGCCGCCACUGUACGCCCAGUCCCCCUACACUCUUGAACUUGUCACCUACCCCUGUGCACCAGUGAUGUGACCCC